AUGUCUCCCAAACAACAAGUCUCUCCCUGGCAAUCAAUCCUAGCCGGCGGCGCAGCCGGAGGCACAGAAAGCCUCCUUACCUAUCCCACCGAAUACCUCAAAACCCGCCAACAACUACCCACCCCCAACGCAGGACGCCAAUCCCUCAUCUCGCUCCUCACCAGCACCAUCCGCCAACACGGCCUCCGCACCCUCUACACCGGCAGCGGGGUCUUCUGCGCCUCGAACGCCACCAAAUCCGCCAUCCGGUUCUUCGCCUUCGACAGCGCCCGCAAGUCCAUGCCCACAGACACAGCCGGGAACGUGACACCGCUCGGCAACAUGGGCGCAGGGCUGGUCGCGGGCGUCGCAGAGGCCGUGCUAGUUGUGACGCCUGGCGAGACUAUCAAGACGAAGAUGAUCGAUGACCGGGCGGGGGUAAGACAGUAUCGCUCAACAGGGCACGGGAUCGUGUCGAUUGUAUCGCGCGAGGGGCUGGGCGGGUUAUAUCGGGGGGUUGUGCCGGUGACGCUGAAGCAGGGGGCGAAUGCGAUGGUGCGGUUUACGAGUUAUAAUUUCAUCUUGGGGCAGUUGGAUGGUCUGGUAGGAGGGGAAGGGCAGGGUCUGCGCCAGUCACUGAAUACAGUGCUGGCGGGGGCGUUGGCGGGCGUGGUCACGGUUUAUGCGACGAUGCCGCUUGUUACGAUCAAGACGAGGUUGCAGGCUGUGGAUGCGCGCCAGCGGUAUGCGGGAUCGGUGGACUGUUUGCGGUCGGUGGUUGCGAGCGAGGGGGUUGCGGCGUUGUGGAGAGGGACUACACCGAGACUGGUGAGGCUGAGUGUCUCCGGCGCCUUGAGCUUCUCGAUCUAUGAGUCGGUUCUGCAAUGGUCGUCGAAGUAUACAGUGCCAGAGCGACAUCAAGUUGCUUAACUCGUAUCUCAUCACCGUAAUUGAUAACGAAUCAACUUUCCCACUCAGUCG